AUGUCAACUGUCAAGGAGCAGCUUAUUGAGAAUCUAAUUGAAGAAGAUAAAGUCUCCCAGAGUAAGAUCACCAUUGUUGGAACUGGUGCUGUAGGCAUGGCUUGUGCUAUUUGUAUCUUAUUGAAGGAAUUGGCUGAUGAGCUUGCCCUUGUUGAUGUUGCAGUGGACAAACUGAAGGGAGAAACAAUGGAUCUUCAGCAUGGCAGUCUUUUCUUUAAUACUUCAAAGAUUGUCUCUGGAAAAGAUUACAGUGUAUCUGCAAACUCCAAAUUAGUUAUUGUCACAGCAGGUGCACGUCAGCAGGAAGGAGAAAGUCGCCUUGACCUGGUCCAACGUAAUGUGAAUAUCAUGAAAUCAAUCAUUCCUGCCAUAGUCCAAAAUAGUCCUGACUGUAAAAUGCUUAUUGUUUCAAAUCCAGUGGAUAUUUUGACAUACGUUGUCUGGAAGAUAAGUGGCUUACCUGCAACUCGUGUAAUUGGAAGUGGUUGUAAUCUAGACUCUGCCCGUUUUCGUUACCUAAUUGGAGAGAAGUUGGGUGUACAUCCCACAAGCUGCCAUGGUUGGAUUAUUGGAGAACAUGGUGAUUCAAGUGUGCCCUUAUGGAGUGGAGUAAACGUUGCUGGUGUUGCUCUGAAGACUCUAGACCCUAAGUUAGGAACUGAUUCAGACAAGGACCAGUGGAAAAAUAUCCAUAAACAAGUUGUUGGAAGUGCCUAUGAGAUUAUCAAGCUGAAGGGGUAUACCUCUUGGGCUGUUGGACUGUCUGUGACAGAUCUGGUAAGAUCAAUUUUGAAAAAUCUCAGGAGAGUGCAUCCAGUUUCCACUAUGGUUAAGGGCUUAUAUGGAAUAAAAGAAGAAAUCUUUCUCAGUAUCCCUUGUGUCUUGGGCCAAAAUGGUGUCUCAGAUGUUGUGAAAGUUAACUUUAAUUCUGAGGAGGAGGCCCUUUUAAAGACGAGUGCAAACACACUUUGGGAUGUCCAAAAAGACCUGAUAUUUUAA